GAAAGGUCAAGAAAAAAGAGAGGCAGGAGAGGAGACUACCACGGGAAAGGCUGGAGUUGGGGACCACGUUUUCCCUGUGGGGUAUUUGGUGUUCACCAUGCCCCUUGCCCCAGACCCAGCACUUGUUCUCUUUGGAAGCUCUGGGUGCCCCUUUGGACCGCUAGGGGACUCUGGGGUGUCCUUUUCUCGAAUUUUCGAGAUCUUGUCUCCUGAGGGGAAAAAGGGGAUUCUGAGGGAAGAGGGGUUCCUGGCCCUCAUCCCAGUGCUGAGUAGUCCAAGAAGUAGGAUAGAGUCCCCCAGGUUCCAGCCUUGGUUCUGCCAUCAUCGAACUACUAACUCUUGUGUGACCUUGGGCAAGUCACUGCCUUCCUUAGGGCCUUGGAUUUCUUGACUUAAAUUUUAGAAAGGAAAAUUGAUGAAAAUAAUCUUCUAGAUGGCUUCCAGCCUCAAAGUGGGGCGUGUUUUGGAAAGAAAAUUAUGGCGAAUGGUUCUAGGCUACGGGGAAGCCUAAGAUACAAGCAAGGCCUUUGCCUGGGCUGGAGAAAAUCCCCAGGGAUGUGGGAGGAGGGGAGACAGAAAGCCUGCAUUGCCUACGCCACCUCCUAGCAUCCUGUGCGAGGGACACAAGUCUGUAAGUAGAUUUGAGCCUUGACUCAAGAAAGAUGAGGACCAAAGUGGUGAUGUAUUCCUCAGGAGAGUGAGAAGGUGGUGGGUGAUGGAAGAUCAUAAAAGCAAUGGGAACAUAUUUUCUAGAAGGGCCGGCCCCAGGCUCUUUGGAAGUAAGAGGAACAGUGGGGCCUGGUACAGGAGUGUGGGGACUAGGAAGAUUUGGAGAGCAAGGAGAAAGGGGCUGGUGGUGGUUGGGGCAGCCAAAGAAGGUAGCAGAUGAUAGGCCACAGAGUAAUUAGCUGUUCUGUUCAGCACUGUUGCUCUGUCUCUCUGCUGCAAAUGGAAUCCAGGACCUUGUUCAUGUAGACAAGCGAUUCAUCACAGCCCUGGCCCUCAGCUGUUCCUUCUUAAGGAUGGCUACCUCCUGAGAGGUGCGCCUUCUUGCCUUUGUUUGCCAACACAUCCCUUCAAGGAGUGGGAGUGAGUCAGACCAGGCAGACCUUGGAAUCUUCUGGCUCUCUGAGCAUUUCAGGAGGUUUAGGGUAAAGAGAAAACAGGGUUGUGCAUCUGAGUGCAAGAAAUACCAUCUGUGGUACCAUUCUCCUUGCUGGAAGGCAGCUUUGUGCAGUAGAUGAAAGCACAGGCUUUGGGGUCAGACUGCGUGGAUUCCAAACCUGCCUCUGCCAUUUAAUUUCUUGGAACCUUGGUCAAGUAAGAAAUUUAAUCUCUCAGAACUUCAGCAUCUUUGUCUAUAAAAAGGGCAUCAUAACCCCUUAUGAUGGUUGCUAGGAUUAAAAGUAUUUGGCAUGGUAUUUGGUACAUGAUAGUGUUCAGUAAGCAUUACCUAUUAACUGUUGUUAUUUUGUCUUUACAUUCUCUUUCUCCAUUCUUAUGUUUUGCUCCUUUUGUCCUUUUUAUGAAUGCUCAGUUCUGAGAUGCCACUUAGAUGUGAAGGCCAAGAAUUGAUUAUACCUUUGAGGUGGUGAUGGUGGUAGGUUCUUUCCAGGGCCAAAGUGAACACAUGAUGAUCAAGAGUCUUUUCAUUGCCUCUCCCCAGCCCCUAAAUGUUGUUUCUGUUCCUGGAAGACAUGGAAUCUGCUUCUUUUUAAGUUCCCAUCCCCGUGACCCUUGCUUGAAUUAGUUAUUUCUCAUAUUCUUGCCCAGAAAUGUAAGCAGACACAUAGUUGUAUUGGCAUUGCAGCAAGUGGGAAAGGAACAGGUGUUUCGAAAAAUAGAGGACACACAUAGCAUAGGGGAAGUUCCAGGAAGAGAAGCCUUUUUACAUUCAUCCCAAGGCUUUAUUCUCUGUGGGGAACUGACUAAAACAGAUCAGUGUCUAAAUCCUGGUCAGAGAUCUCCAUCCUAAAUUGAAGAUGGUUUUCCCAGGUGGUACUUGGUUUAGUUUUCUUUUCCCAAGCAAGAAAGACCUCUGCCAAGUUACUUCUUUCUGCUUUGGCCUGUAUUCAGAGAAUUUAACUGAAGAUAUAUUUCAUUAUGCAAAAAUCUAUUAAGGGGAUGAGACUGCAUUUUAUCAAAGUACUUUGUGUGCAGGCCCUGACUAGGCACUGAAAAAAGGUUAAAAGGAAAAAAACAGUCUCUAUGCAGGGAAAUCCCCACCUGAGUGGGGAGACUAGUGCUCCCACAUGAAACACCCAGCAAACCUUCACAAAAUGCAGUGUUACUCUGCAAAGUAGCGUAGCAGGUAUCCUAAAGGGGCACAGGUGUUUGUGGGAGAUAGUGUAAAAGUAACCUGAAGGAGGUGAAUAUUGGAUCAUCUUGAACAAAGCAAGAAGCAAAACAGAAUAAAAGAAACACUUGGGAAUAACUUAACAAUCCUAUUCAAAGAGGACAUGGGAAACUUGAGCCAAGAUUGCAGGAUGGGCUUUAUUAAAAGACCUUGUUAGAUGAGAGAUUUUGUAGGGUAGACAAUAGGAAACCACCCUUGGUUCUCAAGGAAGAAAGUGGUGGAUCCUUGAUGUUUUGACUGUUGGGUUGUAGGGAAGGUGAGUGUAAAAAAGAUCUUCUUGUAGGACAAAUUGUGCUUUUAAGGGACACAGGCUGCAGGGCAGUUUGGAUCCAGUACUGGCUUUGUCCCUAACCAGCUGUGGAACCAUGGGCAUUAUUAUUCUUUUUCUCAUGUGAAGAGAGGGGUCUACCUUGGUUGCCAGACCUCCCUGCAGCUCUGACAUUCUGUGUUCCCUGAAUACCAUUGGAGCCUUACCAGUGGCCCCUACUGUCAACAGGGUAGUUUGUUUGUAGCACCUACGGGGCUCUUAGAGUUUAGUGGGGGCUGCAGAUACUACAUUUCCUUAAUUCAGAGAUUCAUUUUAAGAAUCUCAUAGUUAGGAUGCAUCUUAAAAUCAAUGGGGUAUUUUAAUUUAAUGAGAGCAUUUGUUUUUUAUUAGUGCCACAUAAGAUACAGUACUGUUAAAACUUGUACUUACUUAACUAAAAUUCCAGUGGAUAGUCACUGAAGAGAAGGUGUAAGUAUUGCAUGAACUUAUAAAGGAGGGGUCUGACCCAUACAGUGGGUUGGGAAAGGCUCUCCAAGGCAGGGUCUUGGUGGAUGUGAAGUGCAUGUAGGUAAGGUGGCAAGGUCGUCCUAGCACCUCCCUAAGGUUGGAGAGCUGAUAAGAUUCUUGUGGCUAGAGCAUAGACUGGGAGCCAGGCUGGCAGGGUGGUUGGUAGCCAGCCUCCGUAUAUAGGCUCUGGGAGAGAGGGUUGGUGUUUAAGAACAGUAGGAAGUUAUUGAAGAGGUUUAAGCAGGUAAUGAUCUGAGGUGCAUUUUGAGGAGCUUGUCUGGCUAUAGUUUGGAGUGGAUGUGGGGAGAACAGUUGGGAGGCCACUGCAGUAGAUCAGAUGAAAAAAUCUAGUGGCAUGGGCAACAGGGGUGAUGGAGUAAAAGAGGAAAUGGAAAGACAUAGAUUGGAGUCUUGGAGGUGUGGAGUGACUCCUAGGUUUCUGUGGUAUGGUGGUGCCAGUUUUGGAGAUGACAAUCCUGGGUCUGUUUAGAUCUGAAGAUGACUCUGGAAGGAUAGAGAUGCUUCUAAGGCAGCUUGAGUCGGUUCCCGAUUCUGGUCCCCGGCCCCCAGCAGCGCCUGCCCCCUUCCCACCGGGGCCCCCCAUGAUGCCACCACCCUUCAUGCCCCCUCCAGGGAUCCCCCCACCCUUUCCUCCGAUGGGGCUCCCUCCCAUGAGUCAGAGACCACCAGCCAUCCCCCCUAUGCCGCCUGGCAUCCUGCCCCCAAUGCUUCCACCAAUGGGGGCACCACCACCACUCACACAGAUACCAGGAAUGGUACCUCCGAUGAUGCCAGGAAUGCUGAUGCCAGCAGUGCCUGUCACCGCAGCGACGGCUCCAGGUGCGGACACCACCAGCUCUGCUGUGGCUGGGACAGGUCCUCCGCGGGCCCUAUGGAGUGAGCAUGUGGCCCCUGAUGGGCGCAUCUACUACUACAAUGCUGACGACAAGCAGUCCGUGUGGGAGAAGCCCAGCGUGCUCAAGUCCAAGGCGGAGCUGCUGCUGUCCCAAAGUCCCUGGAAAGAGUACAAGUCAGACACAGGCAAACCUUACUACUAUAACAACCAGAGUCAGGAGUCCUGCUGGACCCGGCCAAAGGAUCUGGAUGAUCUGGAGGCUCUAGCCAAACAAGAGACUGCAGGGAAACAGCAGCCCCAGACACUACAACCACAACCUCCUCAGCCACAGCCUGACCCCCCACCUGUACCUCCUGGCCCCACUCCGGGACCCACAGGCCUCCUGGAACCCGAGCCAGAUGGGAGUGAAGAUUGUGAUGUGUCCGAGGCUGCCCAGUCCCUGGAGCAGGGGUUCUUGCAGCAGGUGGAAGAAGGCCCCAGCAGUUCUGGACAGCAUCAGCUACCACAGCAGGAGGAGGAGGAAUCCAAGCCAGAACCAGAGAGGUCUGGCCUCAGCUGGAGCAACCGGGAGAAGGCAAAGCAGGCAUUCAAGGAGCUGCUGAGGGACAAGGCUGUCCCCUCCAACGCCUCGUGGGAACAGGCCAUGAAGAUGGUGGUCACCGACCCUCGUUACAGUGCCUUGCCCAAACUCAGUGAAAAAAAGCAAGCAUUCAAUGCCUACAAGGCACAGCGGGAGAAGGAGGAAAAGGAGGAGGCCCGGCUGAGGGCCAAGGAGGCCAAGCAGACCCUGCAGCAUUUUCUGGAGCAGCAUGAACGCAUGACGUCCACCACCCGCUACCGGCGGGCAGAACAGACAUUUGGGGAGCUGGAGGUCUGGGCUGUGGUCCCCGAGAGGGACCGAAAAGAGGUUUAUGAUGAUGUCCUCUUCUUCCUGGCCAAGAAGGAGAAGGAACAGGCCAAGCAGCUGCGGCGCCGCAAUAUUCAGGCCCUGAAGAGCAUCCUGGAUGGGAUGAGUAGUGUUAACUUCCAAACUACAUGGUCCCAGGCCCAGCAGUACCUCAUGGAUAACCCCAGCUUUGCUCAAGACCAUCAGCUGCAGAACAUGGACAAAGAGGAUGCUCUAAUCUGCUUUGAGGAGCACAUCAGAGCUUUGGAGAGGGAGGAGGAGGAAGAGCGGGAACGGGCCCGGCUUCGGGAGCGUCGUCAGCAACGCAAGAACCGGGAGGCCUUCCAGACCUUCCUGGACGAGCUGCAUGAGACAGGGCAGCUGCACUCCAUGUCCACCUGGAUGGAGUUGUACCCAGCAGUCAGCACUGACAUCCGGUUUGCCAACAUGCUGGGCCAGCCGGGCUCCACCCCUCUGGACUUAUUCAAGUUUUAUGUGGAGGAGUUGAAGGCCCGAUUCCAUGAUGAGAAGAAGAUCAUAAAGGAUAUUCUUAAGCCAUGGCUCACCUCAGACCUGUGCUGCUCCCUGCUUCAUGCGCUGCUGUGCCCACAGGACCGGGGCUUCUGUGUGGAAGUGAACACAGCCUUUGAGGACUUCGCCCACGUCAUAAGCUUUGACAAGAGGGCUGCUGCGCUGGACGCAGGCAACAUCAAGCUGACCUUCAAUAGUCUGCUAGAGAAAGCAGAGGCACGGGACAGAGAGCGGGAAAAGGAGGAGGCACGAAGGAUGCGGCGCAGGGAAGCUGCGUUUCGAAGCAUGCUGAGGCAGGCUGUGCCUGCUCUGGAGCUGGGCACUGCGUGGGAAGAGGUCCGUGAGCGCUUUGUGUGCGACUCAGCCUUUGAGCAGAUCACCCUGGAGUCGGAGCGGAUCCGGCUCUUCCGGGAGUUCCUACAGGUGUUGGAACAGACUGAAUGCCAGCACCUCCAUACCAAAGGCCGAAAGCACAGCAGGAAGGGCAAGAAGCACCAUCGCAAGCGUUCCCACUCGCCUUCAGGCUCCGAGUCAGAAGAAGAAGAGCUGCCCCCACCAUCCCUCCGGCCCCCUAAACGGAAACGGCGGAACCCCUCAGAGUCUGGUUCUGAGCCCUCAUCUUCACUUGAUUCAGUGGAAAGUGGGGGUGCUGCCCUUGGAGGACGGGGCUCCCCAUCUUCCAACCUCCUUGUAUCAGAUCAUGGCCUUCGGAAAGCCAAGAAACCAAAAAAGAAAACUAAAAAGAGAAGACACAAGUCGAACAGUCCUGAGAGUGAAACUGACCCUGAGGAGAAAGCUGGCAAGGAGAGUGAGGAGAAAGAACAAGAACAGGAUAAGGAUAGGGAGCUUCAGCAGGCGGAGCUCUCUAACCGCUCCCCAGGCUUCGGUGUCAAGAAGGAAAAGACAGGCUGGGACACUUCAGAAAGUGAGCUAAGUGAGGGGGAGCUGGAAAGGCGGCGGCGGACACUUCUACAGCAGCUAGAUGACCACCAGUGACCUGAAAAGCUGCUCUCGGCCUUGGACCAGGCUUGUGUGAGGCAGUGGCUCCUGGGCUGCCCUCACUGUGCCUCAGACUCCUUCUCUGUCUGGUCUGUGUCCACUGUUCGUAAAGCAACUUCGCCCCAACACACCACUGUUGGCACCUCUCAAGGUUUGCUUUGGUGUUUGAGGGUACCCCGCUUCCUGGACAACUAGUACAGUCCUUCCCUCAGCCCUAAACCAGAGACGGGUGGUCUGUGUCACACGGGGUAGGUGACACUAGUAGGUGCAGUGUGAGUGCCGGGGUCUCCAGGGAAGAGACAGGCUGGUGGCCACAGCCUGGGUGGUGGAGGGCAGGGUCCUCUUCCUCUAGCACCAGUGCCUGCUCCUGCCUGCCCUGGGGCUCCACCACUGCUUCCUCCAGCCCUGGGAUCCAAUGUAUGUGUGUUUUUUGUUUUUUAAAUAAUAUUUAUAACACAGCCA